AUGGAGCCCCGCAGGACCCCUCCAGAGUACUUCCUGGAGAUCUUCGCAGACACAACCACCGUGAGGGAUGUAUUAAAAGUUGUAUUGUCGCCAUUUUUCUUGAAACCACUCCUGCCCAUCGCUCUGCUGACAUCACUCCGUCCCAAACCAGGCGUCCUCAACCUCAUCUUCUUCCACCGUUACUUCCCAUCAAUUCGACCGACAACCUUCGACGUCCUUGACUUCACCCUCCCCGCCAUCGAUGACGUCGAGCUCGAGACCCUGAUCGAAUCCCGCAUCAGCGCCCUGGUCCGCCAACACACAUCCGCUACCAGCACCCAUGAAGGCGGCGGGGGCGUACGAGGUCGCAUCGCGGUCGAGUUCUACGAGAAGAAGCGCAAACGCUCUGGGGCGUGGUUCAGCGGGCUGGCGGGCAAGGGAGAAGAAGAGGUAUGCUGGGAGGUGUGGAAUCUAGACGUGACGAUCGCCACGCCCCGGACGGAAUCAGGUAUCUACUUACAAAACCGACGUGAACUGCGACAGGUAGAGAAAGUAUGGGCUGAUUAUUCCCGUCCAGAACGAGCCAAAGUCCGCAAGGCGAUGGAGAACAUGCUCCAAAAAGCCGCGCUGAAGAUCCUCGCCGUCGUCAACCGGGAUAAAGAUCACAUUCCGCCCAUCACCACCAGCGACUCUAAUCCCUUCCCCUAUCGAAUCGUACUGAACCCCCGCUCGGACGGCUGGCAGAACCGGUUCGGCUUGUACUAA